ACCCUGCAAGCAACAUCAGUCUCCAUCCUGCUGUUCCGCUGGUGACUCAGCUUCACUUGAAUUUGCAACAAGAUGCCUAAACUCCUGCAAGGCAUUGUCACUGUCAUCGAAGUUUUCUACCAGUACGCCACUGAGUAUGGGAAAUGUGACAUGCUGAGCCCAAAAGAAAUGAAAGAACUUCUAGAAAAUGAGUUUCGUCAAAUUCUAAAGAAUCCAGAUGAUCCGGACACGGUAGAAAUCAUCAUGCAAAGCCUGGAUCGAGAUCAUAACAACAAAGUGGACUUUACUGAGUAUCUUCUCAUGAUAGUCAAGCUAUCUCAGGCUUGUAACAAAAUUAUUGGCAGAGAUUACUGCCAAGCUUCAGGGUCAAAGCAAAGAAAUCACAGUCACCAGCAACAAAAGGAACAGAGUGAAGAAGAAAACGACGACAAAGAGCAAGAUGCCUCUUCAAGUUCUUCAAGUUUCAGUGCAGGAGAGAAUGAUGCUUAUUCUAGGGGUUCAAGAGGAAAAAGUCAACACAAUUCUGAGUCUAACUGUAGAAAACCAAGGAAAGGGAACCAACAAGGUUCUGAAGAAAGAAGAAGGUCAACUUCAAGCCACUUCAAAAACAGUGAGAAAUAUGAAGAGGGACAACAUGGAUCGGGAUCAAACCACAUGUCAAGCAACAGCAAGAGAUGUAAUUCAAAGGAAACUUCUGAUAACCACCAACAUGGAUCUGGAUCAGGACAGUCUGCUGGCAGCAGUAAAAAAGGAUCUGGCCAAUAUCAGCCUUAUGAUAAAGAAAAACAUGAUGUACAAUCAGGAAAAUCAUCAGGUUGUUGUUCAGGUGAAUCUGGUUCUGCAUCGGGACACUUUUCUGGCUCCACAGGGCAAGGAUAUGGGCAAGGACAGUCAUCUGGUACUGGAAAGUAUGGUACUUCUUCAGAACACUCAUCAAGCGGCCGCUCAGGUCAGUCCACUACCUAUGGCAAGCAUGGGUCAGGAAGGAGCCAGUCAUCUAGGAACAGCAGAAGCAGGUCAAGCUCAAGGGAGUCUUAUGGCUCCCAACAAUAUGGGUCUGGCUCAGGAGGGUCUUCUGGCUUUAAUCAACAUGGAUCUGGGCAAGGUCAGUCUUCUGCUGGUGGCCAACAGGGUUCCUUCUCUGGACAUUCAUCUGGACAUGGCCAGCAUGGCUCUGGCUCUGGUCACUCUUCCAGCUAUGGGACACACAACUCAGGGACAACUCAGUCUUCUAGCCAGAGUACAAGAGGCUCUAGGUCAGGACAGUCUUGUGGUUCAGGGAAAUACGGUUCUACAUCAGGGCAAACGUCUUUCUCUGGUAGGCACGGGUCUGGACAAGGUCAGACUUCUGGUAGUACCCAGCGUGGCACAUCAUCAAGAAGCAGCCAUGGAUCUGCUUCACGCCAAGAAAGGCACAGGUCUAGCUCAAGGGAGUCUUGUGGCUCCCAACAAUAUGGGUCUGGCUCAGGAGGGUCUUCUGGCUGUAGUCAACAUGGAUCUGGGCAAGGUCAGUCUUCUUUUAGUGGUCAACAACAUUCUUCAUCUGGACCGUCCUAUUCUAGUUGUCAGCAUGAAUCUGGCACUGGUUCUUCAUCUAGCAGUGGACAAAGUUGCUCACCAUCCAGACAAAUGCCAUAUUCCAGGCCUCAUCACUGUAGCUCAGGUCAGUCUUCUAACUGUGAUCAGCAUGUUUCAUCUUCCUGGCAGUCUUCUAGCUAUGACCACCAAAGGCCUGCAUCCUAUCAUUCUUCCUCCUGUAGUAGUAGUGGGAAUACCUGUGGAGACUCUUCCAACUUUGGCCAGUAUGGAUCUGGCUCAGUAGAUUGUUCUGGCUAUGUUCGCAACAAUAUGGGUGUGAUUCACGUAACUCAUUUAGCUCUGGAUCAUGUGGUUCUGGAUAUGGCCAAUAUUCUAGUUAUGAGCAACCUCAAUCAUAUGGGAGAUGUGGAAACCAUUGGGAAUCUUACUGUAGCCCCUCAAUUUGUCAUGAAAACCAGCCAGUAA